CUUUACAAUCUAUCCUCCUGAAAAUUGACAACAGUGCAAAAAAACAGCUGUUUUAUGCAAAUGAAGACACCACCAAAAACGGUGUAAAAUAAUAUAGAGCGUUGGAGUAAUUAUUUAAUAUAUAUUUAUUAAGUUAUAAUAAAGUUUAUCUAAAUGUCCAGUUUACAAAGAACCAUGUUAAAAGGUCGAUUGCCUCCCACAGUACCUGGUUCCCGUAUAGGUAGAUCGGACUCGUUCAAGAAAUCUCGAGUACGUGAUUUCAAGCCAACUCAAUGGAAUGAGUUUUUUGCAUAUAAAGAAGACGUGGUAGUAGAUGAAAAACGAACAUUUCGUAUAUAUCGUACGAAGCAACCGGAAAAAGUUGGACCGACUUUAUUAUUAUUGCACGGUGGUGGCUAUUCGGGGCUUACAUGGGCGCAUUUUUGUGUUGAAAUAACAAACAUUAUACAUUGUCAAUGUUUAUCAGUUGAUUUGCGUGGUCAUGGGGAUACCUGUACAGGAAAUGAAGAUGAUCUUUCAGCUGAUACAUUAGCACAUGAUAUUGGUGAUUUACUUAACAAAUUAUAUCCGGAUGAAAAACCACCCAUUUAUCUCGUAGGGCAUUCAAUGGGUGGUGCUAUUGCUGUACAUUUUGCACAUUUAAUGAUUAUUAAUAAUAUAAUCGGCAUUACUGUUAUUGAUGUCGUUGAGGGAACAGCUAUGGAAGCUUUAGCAAGUAUGCAAAGUUUCUUGCGUUCUCGUCCAACGCAUUUCAAAAGCAUUCCAAAUGCAAUUGAAUGGUGUAUUCGAAGUGGUCAGAUACGUAAUGUAGACAGUGCAAAAGUGUCUAUGCCUGGACAAAUUAUUAAUUGUACAACGAAUAAAUUAGCAACAAAUGAAUUGCCUCUACCCGAAAAUGACGAUGAUGAUGCUUCCAGUACUACACAAUUUACUCAUCCCUUUAGUAUUUCUGAAGAUGAAGAAAUAAGUGGAGCUAAUGAGGCAACUAAUGAAAGUGAUAGUAGCAUAAAUUUCACAAAACCACUAAACGUAAAUGAUGAUAUUGCCAAAAAAUAUACUUGGCGUAUAGAUUUAUCAAAAUCAGAAAAAUAUUGGGUUGGGUGGUUUUCUGGGUUAAGCGAUAAAUUUUUAAAUUUACGUAUACCUAAACAGUUACUUUUAGCUAGUAUCGACGGUUUGGACAAAACUCUUACUGUUGGUCAAAUGCAAGGACGUUUUCAAAUGCAAGUGCUAGCACGUUGUGGACAUGCAGUACACGAGGAUCGCCCACAAGAAGUUGCAGAAGUUGUUAGCGGUUAUUUAAUUAGAAAUCGCGUUGCUGAAGCUGUUGGAGAAUUUCGUUGUCACUUGCCUGCUUGCUAAAUUAUAUGUGAACAUUUUAUGAACGCACAAUGAAACAAGCAAGUAUUAAUAAAAAAUUUGCGAUAAAAAUCGUAUUUAGUAGUUUUAUAAUUGAUGUGUUAUAGUAUUAGUUUUUACAAGUUUCUAUGGCGUUUGCAGUUUAAGCGUACAGGAAAAAUGAUCAAAAUAAACAUAAAUGCGAAAGAUUAACAUUUGAAUUUAUACGAUUAUUUGCAAAAAAAAACGAUAUUUUGUAGACUUCAGUUAAACUAAUGCACCCGUUUUCUUUUGUCGAGUUCAAAUUUAACAUGCUAUUUACAUCUAAGAUUACUUCAAUAUUUAAUAUGUUGCUAUUAUAUUCUAGUAUUAAUUAUUCUAUAAAAUAAAAAAAGGAAAAAAAAAUUUAUAUGUUAUAAAUUUGUAUAAAGCAUUGCGAUCAACGUGCUUGUAAAACCACAUAAUAUUAACAUUAUUAUAAGCUUUUUAAAGCUUAUUGUACAUUUUUCAAUAUUUGGAACUCAUACUCAUGAUUUAGCUUAAUUCAUAAAAAGAGUACCCACACAGAUCUAUAAUAAAUAUCAAUAUUUCUAAAAAUCAAACCUUUUAACCAAGAUUUAUUUAACAUGCAAUUUAAAAAUACAUUUUUUCACAUAUAGUAUUUAAUAAGUUAUAAAUAUACUCCCA